CCUUGACAAUCGGUACAACCUUGCCAGUUCACAGUGCGCUGAACCAUGUCUAAUGUCAUCGCCAUCGAUGCGCUGUUCUUGGCGCUAUUUGACGAUCACAAGGGACAGUCCUUGAUCUGGAAACGGUCUCGAGAUGGCGUGGACAGUCUAGAUGGAAUCGAGUUUCAAGCUCUUCCGUCUGGCUUGCACUCGGUCGAGACCGAUACGUUCUACUUUGAUCAUGCCUCCACGAGCUCUCCAGGACGAGCGGGCCGGUUGGGGAUAACCGUGUUUCACAACAAGGAGCUCGAUGAGGAUGAGAUCAAGGUGGCGGGGAGCUCGACAGGAGGAAGAGGGAGGUUGAUGCUAAGUCUGGGAAUCUUGAUGGGGACGAGUAGCACGACCGGCUUCCCCGAGUUCCCACCGCUCACUGGACUCCAAGAUCUAGUCGCCCGUAUAUCCAACGAAUGGGACUAUUCCCUAACAGGAUCUCAGGGGGAAAUUACUCGCCAGGCAUGGCUGGACGACCUGCUCGACCCUUUCUGGACUCAACAUCGGACGUCAUCAACAACGUCCGCGCCUACGUCGAUAGGGUCGGGUUCGAACAAGUUUGCACUGCAAGAUCUGAAAAACGGGUCCAAGGCCCUCUCAACGGACCAUCCUAUACACUACUUUGAUCAUCUUUGGAGGUACUUUGAUAUCAACGCAUGUACGCUCUGGAAAUACGCAAUGACGGACCGCAGGAUCCUGUUCUUCUCGCACACCCCGCUGGAACCCGCUUGUAAAGCCGCCUGGUGUACCUGGUUACUCGGCCAGACUCGAACAGAGUCGGAAGACGACCCGUCUGUGUUCUUAGGGUCGAUAGGGUUGAUGGAUAUGGCGAAAGUGCAGAACGUCAAGGGGAGAUGGGUGGCUUGCACCUCGGACGCCAUCUUCAAAGAUCGACCGCAGAUGUGGGACUUGCUAGUAGAUCUAGGUUCCAACCCCUUGCCCGCCAUUUCCGAUGAUGCGCACGACAACUUCUUAUCUAUAUCUACAUCUACGUUGGCCGGAGGAUCAACGACCAUGCGCGCUCGUUUCAUCCCUGAAGCUGAAUCUAGCACCAUACAACUGCCCUCCAGCUCGAAACCGACCAUCUACACCAAAUCGAUCUCGCAUACAUUUUCGGACAAGGCUCUCUGGAAAGACGUCCAAAGCGUCAUUGCGAAAGAAGACGUCGAGCGGGAGACAUCAGUUACGAGCUCUACAGGAGUCUGGGGGUAUGCCUAUGGGGCUUAUGCGACGUUGUGCGAGGUCUGUUGGGGGUUUUGCGCGAUGGCUGUCGGGAAGGGUGUACGGGGGGAUCACGAUCAUUCGAGUGGGACUGGGUAUAUACGUCUACCCCAGGACGGCCAGGAGGGGCUGGCGAGCUUGGACAGCGACGGGGAAGAGGACGAUCAAGAUGCCGCCGACGAUAUACCACCGGAGUAUACGGGACAGGGUAUACGACGGACCAUUGCCGCCCUGGACGUCUUCCGGAGACGGGCGACACGACUCGCCAGCAAAAUCGAAAAGGUCGGCUACAAACGAGCGUUGUCCAAGGAAGACAUGGCCGCCUUGGGGUUGAGUGCAUGGAGUUGGGUGGACGUCGACUUUGUCCGAGCGAUGUAUGCCGGGGCCAAGCGCGAUCGCGGAGAUCUUAACCAGGACGAGCCGGUUGUACCGGCGAUACAGGUCGAGAACGGGUGGUUCCGAUGGGUGUCGAGCAUUGUCGGAGCAUGAUGUAUGCUGCGAGAGGUAUGGGUGCAACUACUGUAUACAACCAAGAAUCAUGACAUUAUACCCAAAUAUGAACCGCGAUCAACCGAGU